GCGCGGACAAGCGGGCAAGCGGGCGGGCGGCCCUUCGCGCCGGGAGGCGCGGCACCUGCGGGCAGAAGCGUCGGCUGCCGCAGAGCCCAGGCGACCCGACUCCGAGCUGCCGCUGAGAUGAGCGCAGUGUCGGAGCCCCAGGCUGCCCACAGCCCCCCGGAGAAGCCGGCCAGCACGGCGAUCCUGUGUAACACCUGCGGGAACGUGUGCAGGGGGGAGGUGCUACGGGUGCAGAGCAAGUACUUCCACAUCCAGUGCUUCAUCUGCAAAGAAUGCGGCUGUGACCUGGCCGAGGGCGGCUUCUUCGUGCGGCAGGGCGAGUACAUCUGCACCCAGGACUACCAGAGACUGUACGGGACCCGCUGCUUCAGCUGUGACCAGUUCAUCGAGGGCGAGGUGGUCUCGGCGCUGGGCAAGACCUACCACCCCAACUGCUUCGUGUGUGCCGUCUGCCGGUUGCCCUUCCCGCCCGGGGACCGAGUGACCUUCAACGGCAAGGAAUGCAUGUGCCAGAAGUGCUCCCUGCCCGCAUCAGCGGGCAGCAGCGUGCCCCUGUCCCAGGGCCUCUGGAGUUGCAAGGGCUGCGGGGUGGAGAUCAAAAACGGCCAGUCCCUGGUGGCCCUGGACAAACACUGGCAUCUGGGCUGCUUCAAGUGCAAGACUUGCGGGAAACAACUGAACGCGGAGUAUAUCAGCAAGGACGGGCUGCCCUACUGUGAGGCCGACUAUCACACCAAGUUCGGGAUCCGCUGCGAUGGCUGUGAGAAGUACAUCACGGGGCACGUGCUGGAGGCCGGGGAGAAGCACUACCACCCUCUGUGUGCGCUAUGUGUCGGGUGCGGCCGGAUGUUCGCGGAAGGCGAGGAGAUGUAUCUGCAAGGCUCCUCCAUCUGGCACCCGGCAUGUCGACAGGCAGCCAGAACUGAAGACAAGAGCAAGGAAACCAGAACCUCUGCAGAGAGCAUCAUUUCCGCCCCUGCUUCCAGCACCUCAGGGUCUCCGAGCCGCGUGAUUUAUGCCAAGCUGGGCGAUGAGAUCCUUGACUACAGAGACCUGGCCGCUCUCCCUAAGAGCAAGGCCAUCUACAGCAUCGACCGCCCCGACAUGAUCUCCUACUCGCCCUUCAUCAGCCACUCGGUGGGGGACAGGCAGAGCUGCAGCGAGGGGGAUCAUGAUGACCGCUCCUACAAGCAGUGCCGGACCUCCAGCCCGAGCUCCACCGGGUCGCUCAGCCUCGGCCGUUACACCCCGACCUCGCGGUCGCCCCAGCACUACAGCCGUCCAGCUGGUACUGUGAGUGUUGGUACCAGUAGCUGCCUGUCCCUCUCCCAACACCCAAGCCCUACCUCCGUGUUCAGACAUCAUUACAUCCCCUACUUCCGAGGCAGUGAAAGUGGCCGGAGCACCUCCAGCCUCUCCGUGCUCUCAGACAGCAAGCCUCCCCCCUCCACCUACCAGCAGGCUCCUCGCCACUUCCACGUCCCAGACACUGGCGUCAAAGAUAACAUCUAUAGGAAACCCCCCAUCUACAAGCAGCAUGCCGCGAGGCAAUCAGAUGGGGAGGACGGAAGUUUCGACCCGGAUAACAGGAAGCAGAAGACCAACUGGCUGAUCCUCAAGGGGGACACAGACACUAGGACCAACUCUCCAGACCUAGACAGCCAGUCUUUGUCCCACAGUAGCGGGACCGAUAGAGGCCCUCUCCAAACGAUGCCAGGGGACAACAUUUACUCACGGUUCCCCUAUUCCAAGUCUGACCCUGUCCCAGGACAUGGCAAGAAUGGCUUGGACCACCGGAAUGCCAAUCUGGCCCCUUGUGGAGCAGACCUGGAUGCCAGCUGGGGCACGCGAGAAUACAAGAUCUAUCCUUAUGACGCCCUCAUUGUCACAAACCGAAUCCGCGUGAAGCUGCCCAAAGAUGUGGACCGGACAAGACUGGAGAGACACUUGUCGCCCGAGGAGUUCCAGGAAGUGUUUGGGAUGAGCAUGGAAGAGUUUGACCGCCUGGCCCUCUGGAAGAGGAACGACCUCAAGAAGAAAGCCCUGCUGUUUUGACGCUGCCGAGACCCCUGACCACGGGCACGCCUGCGGGAACCACCAGACCCCUCCUCUUGCACUUGGCUUUGGCUUCUCCGUGUCCACGGUGGGCGGUGGGCGCCUGGAAGGGCCGGGCUGGGGCCUGGGGGCGGGAGGAGGUCCCAGAGCAGGUGCAGCCCCCCCGUUUCUGCCAGCACCGCUCCCGCCCGUAGUUUAGGGCCCAGACGCCUGGCUUCGCACUAUUCCUUCCCCGCUGUUGCUUGCCAUCAGGGAGACGCUGCGAGUCACUGCCCCGGAGAUGGGGGAACAGACAAGUGCAGCCCACCUCCCACGCCUCCGGGCAGUGCCCACCCCACGCUGGGCCCUGGGGCCACAGAGGCGAUGGGACCGGAGAUUUGAGGAGGCCUGUCGAUGACAGGCGCUGACAGGGUCAUGGGUGGGCGGGCGCACGGCGUGGCCCCCCUCACCCGUUCAGCCUCAGGAGGCACGGCCUGGCACAUGGGCCCCCCACCCCCGAGGCAGGGGGAGUGCCACCCAGGGCUGCAAGAAGCAUGGGGGCUCGGUUUUUACGGCCUUUGUGAUGAAUCAGUGUUUAGGGAGGAACUUCAGUCUAAACAGGCAGCUUCUGCCAGGGCCCUCCGUGCACUGCAUUCUUCUUCCAGAUCAUCCCUUAGAUGCCUAAAUGAUAUCUUUAAAGUAACACAGAAGUUUUUAUUUUAUUAAAAAGUAGAGCCUACUUAAAGACGACAUAUAUAAAGAGUUUAAUUCUAUGGUCCCGCUGAAGGGGAACACCUCCAGCCUGAUUCUCCACUGUUCGCAUCUGUGUGGUUUCGGGUUUUGGGUGUGUUCCUAAUACACAGGACUCCUUGUCUGUUUUCUUUGUGCUUUUUUGCUCUUUGACCUGUCGUACAGGUACCCCAAAAGGCAGACCCACUCCCCGCCCCCCCCACAAUGCUAUUUGUAAGUACGCGUAAAAUACAGCCACCACUGUUUUUCUCGCUGUCAUUUUCCAAGUCUUGGAGAGAAGACAUCCUCCCCUGACGGCCAGUGCCCCAGAAUGAAGGAUUUCCAUGCCCUCUUGGUGACAUGGCCAGGGGCGUCCCACCUUCCCCCCUUCUCCCCCAUAAAACACGGACACCCCCAGGGAAGGAUGCUCGUGCCGGGUCCUGAGACCGGCAGCCAGACCCUCGGGGAGACGGGAUGGGAGGUGCCGCCUAGAUCCGCAAAGUCAGCAGGGUAUCCACGGCAAGAGGCCGGCGGGUCCCCCGCUGGAAGACGUCCUGCUUGUGACUAGGUGUGGGCUAGAGCGUGGUGCCGGACACGGAAUGUUUGUCAAUGCGUUGAGAGGCCUGUGAAACACUGCAAAGGUGUCCCCAGAGUCUGUCCCCCUCCCCGUCUUUGUGAAGCUGCAUCUUCCUGUGUGUCCUGGAUGUUCCCAUCCGUGAGUCAACGUCACUCAGCUUCCUUUUGGCCCCGUAACACGCCAGUCCCUCUGCGCACCUGGCUUCUCACCAGCCCGGCUUGGCCAGGGAGGGGAGUUCUCAGCACCUAGUACGCUUCCCUCCACUUCGCGAUCUGAGCCCGGGCCACUGGAAACCCCCAGUUUCUCACUAGCGAACGUCAUGUCGGACUAGGGGAGCCUGGAAAAAUAAAGGAUGAUGUAUUAUAACUUGUGAAA